AUGUCACCCCGAUGUCGUCCUGUCUCCACCGAGUCUAUGUCCUCCGAUCGACAGUCAUUUCUGAAUGGACGAAAGACAUAUCAUGGAAAUGUCCGACACACGAAUACAGGUCUAUCUGUGCCAGUGACCAGCGACGAAAGCUCCAUCUACAAUGCUGCCAGAGCGGGUUCCGUCGACGACAGUUAUUCAUUGACCCGUAGCACUGAUAAUCCCAUGGACGAAAUCUUAGACAGUGGGACGGCACCGAAUAUGGCCAUGUUCAUUCCUUUAGCCCAUGAAGCACAUGCUUCUCACACUCUCUAUCUCUCAAAAGAGCAGAUGAUCAAAGGCCCAGUGUGGGACUCGCAUCCAUUAUCAGACACCUGCGUCGCAGCGACCGCGGGCUGUGACGAGAAAACUGAACUUGUUUUGUCUGACAUCUCAUUGAAGAAGCACUCUCGCGAUAAGUCUCGCCAUCGUAAAGUGGCCAGUCUCAAUGACCUAGACAACGUUCAACGAGUUCCUAAAUGGCCAGGACGUAAAGGGUCGCCAGUGCGUCCUGCUAUUCCGCGAUUCCCUCCACCAUAUAGAUCACCCACUCCUCCGGGCCUUCCAUCUUUCGGAAGUCCUGAAGCGAUGUCCUACUCUACCCAGUUCUUCGUUCGGUCCUUUGUUCGCGAGGGACAUAUCCAACAGAGAACUCCACCAACCACAGGUCCACUCACUUCAAAUGGUGGAGGGGUGGCGUCUUAUGGGGAAACCUUACGAAGGUUCUUCGGAUUCUCUUCACCUGCUCCUCCUCGGCCUACUAGACAGGCGAUUCCAGUUGCAAGGGCCGAAGAUGGUACGGCAGUGCUAGGACGCUUUCCUUAUCGGCAUAGCGCCCAUGGUACAAGCUUGGUCAGCCGACUCGACGACCAUCCUUUCCACAGGAGGGCGCUUCCUGCGACCGAUUGUGAGACUGUCGAGGAGGAAAGCGACUCUAACCGUCCGAAUGAAUAUGGUACGAGGUUCGUGAAGUCUACAAGCUUAGCGCAAGUCGAGGCAUCAGUGCCGACUUCGCGUCCCGCUGAAGAGACUCGUCGUUUCGAUUCCUCCAGUGUCACGCCAGCAAUACCUAAACCGACCGUGACUGGUCGAUCCCGAAACCCAGGACCUGCUACGGUGUCCCGGACGAAAAACCUCAUCCCUAGACAGACUAGCAUCUCCCAACCACAGCAUGGUCGUACUUCAGUGAGUGGCAAUGAGCCCCAGCAACAGAGUUCGGAUCGAAUUGGCCAGCCUCGUCGGUCCGUCGACAUGACUGGAACUGUCCACGCGUCAGCAGACCCUUUAUUGCAGUUUCUACAGAUCAGGGCGCUUUCUCUCUGCUGUUGUCUCCCAGGCUUCGGCGAACAGGACGACAUCAUAUACGCACAAUCUUCGAACGAUACGUACACCACUGCAAGAAGCUCGCCUGCCAAUGGGAUUAACCGUCGGGGUUAG